CACCACAUUGCAGUGAGCAUCAUCUGAACUGAAGCCAAGGGAAUAGAGUGUCCAAGAUGCAAAGUAUCAACCCUGUUGCUUCGAAUAUCCCGUCCUACAAAAUCUGGUCCAUUUUCAGCCUCCUCUGCUGUUGUUUGCCACUUGGCGUUGUGGCUACAAUUUAUUCCUUCAAGUCAGAAAAUGCUGCCAAGGCGGGAGAUACCAUCGAAGCAGAGAAAUCCUCCAACAUUGCAAAAUACUUAAACAUAGCAGCUUUGGUGAUCGGCCUCAUUAUGAUUAUAACAAUCAUUGCCGUCCAGGCAACAGCCAUCAGUAGAUUCCACAGAAAAUGAAGGAAGCAACAGAAAGAAGAUGCAAUUGGUUUCAUGAGGAUCUGGAAGAAUGGACUCUUUUUAUGUUGAAACAAAGUUUGAGAAAGUCAACAUUAUCUGGUGACAUAAAGAAAUAAAUGACACAGUUUUCAUUAUUUUCUGUCCCUUGCAAUCAGCUGAAAAUGGUAAUUUACAGGUCUUUAUGUAGAUUGUCACUUUUUUGAUACAAAUUAAUAAAAAUCAGACUUAUUGACUAAACAA